AUGCAGAGCCAGAAUGACUACCUGAGGCAAUGGGUCCCAAGGCAGGAAUCAUAUCUGCAUCACCUCCUGGAUCGAGAAGCUCCUCCAGAAGAUAGGAGAUGUGUUGUCUGCAAUGUCCUCAGCCUGGGAUCAACAUAUUAUUGUCAGGGAAUGAAUUACUUGAUGAGAACUCCAAGCUGGAAAUAUACCCGGUCAUUUGUGACAGACAGUAAUUUCGAAGCCGAACACUUGCAUCCCAUCAAGCCAUUUGAUGAAGUAUGGCUUGCCGAUGGGCUGGGGUUCAUAGUGGGAAAGGACAGGUAUAAAGCGCAUCUUGCAGAGGCUGCUGAUACUUUGGAGAAAUCUAGCUGCAACAAUCACCGGGCAGUGAAUCAAGCAAAUGCAGCUUAG